UUACACCACGACGAUAAUAAUAGACGAGGUAGGUGCUGCCAACCAUGACGACGUACACGGAGACUGAAAAGCGAAACCUAAUUCAAAUGAUGAGACAUCCGUUCACAAUACAUUAGUUUCGUGACAGAAGUGUUUUGUUCGUGCCGUGCAGCUGAACCGAUUGUAGUGCGACAGCCAUAAAUCAUCUUUUGCCCUCGUUCCGCUAACAAGAAUCGUUUGCAUUCGUCCCUUUCUGAACUGACAGCCAAUCGUAGUACAAAUUAUUAUUCAAAAUGAGUGAGAAAGUUAUUCGUGGACGUGCCAAUGCCUCUGGUAUCAAGCACAAGGUUUCGGCCGGUCUCCCAACCGCUGCCGUUGUGAACUGUGCCGAUAACUCCGGUGCCAAGAACCUUCACAUCAUCGCUGUUUGCAACAUCGGUGGACGAUUGAACAGACUUCCAAAGGCCUCCUCUGGAGACAUGGUUAUGUGCUCAGUAAAGAAGGGAAAGCCAGAGCUCCGUAAGAAGGUCAUGCCUGGAAUUAUUGUACGACAACGCAAAUCCUUCCGCAGAAAGGAAGGUGUCUUUAUUCACUUUGAGGAUAGUGCCGGUGUUAUUGUCAACAACAAGGGAGAAAUGAAAGGAUCCGCUGUCUCCGGACCCGUUGCUAAGGAAUGUGCCGAACUUUGGCCGCGUAUCGCAUCCAACGCUGGAUCAAUUCUGUAAACAAAGAAUGAAUCAUAUUAAACAUUAACAUACCCA